AUGGAGAGUGAUGGCGACAGCGCUACUGAUCGAGAAGAUAGCUUAACACGAGUACCGGCUAAGAGAAAGCGUUAUAAGCAGAAGUUUCGGGAAGAAUGGUUGCUGAAUAAAGAAUAUAGUGACUGGCUAAGAAAGGAUAAUAGGGACUUAUCGAAGGCGGUCUGCAAUGUUUGCAAUACAUCUUUCAGUGCCGAAAUAAGUGUAAUAAAACACCACAAAGAAGGAACUAAACACGUGAAUAAUUUAAAGAGGUGUAGUGCUUCAACGUCCAAAAAACAACAGUCUAUAGUAAGCGUUUUUAAAUCCAUGCCAACUAAUGAAAAGCAAUUGGUAAAGACUUCAGAAAUAAAAUUAGCUGCUUUUGUUGCUGAGCAUAAGGUAUCUCAUAAUGUCAUGAAUCACUUAGCAGAUUUGUUACCAAAGUUGUUCCCAGAUUCUCAGAUAGCCAAAGAUAUUAGAUUAAAAAGAACUAAAGUUCAAGCUGUGAUAAAUAACUGUAUUGGGGAAACUGAAAAAGAAAACUUGAUCAGUGACUUGAAAUCACAAAUGUUUUCAAUUUUGAUAGACGAAAGCACAGAUAUUGCUGUAGUAAAAACAGUAGCUGUAGUGGUCAGGUAUUUUGAUCCAAUGAUUGGUAAAGUUAUCACUCGGUUUUGGAAUUUGAUUCAAUUAUUUGAUGAGAAAACCACCGAUCAUGUUGCAAAUGCCGAAAAACUUUUUAAUACUGUUAUAGGUUCAUUUCAAAAGUAUGAGAUUCCUACGGAAAACAUCAUAGGUUUCGGCUCUGAUGGAUGCAACACAAUGAUGGGAUGUAACAAUUCAGUUUCAAGUCGAUUUCGUCAACGUUGUCCAGGCAUAAUUGUGAUCAAAUGCAUUUGCCAUUCUCUGCAUCUUUGCGCUAGUGACGCAUGUAAAGAGCUUCCACUAAAUUGUGAAAAAAUGGCGCGAAAUAUUUAUAAUUAUUUUAAAUCCAGUAGUAAAAGGCAGAGUGAGUUGAAAGAGUUCCAGUAUUUUGCUGAGGCGGAUGUGCACAAAAUUCUAAGACCAGCCCAGACUAGAUGGUUGUCUUUAAAUGCAGUAGUGCAAAGGAUUCUGGAACAAUGGGAUGUAUUACGUCUUUAUUUCAAUAGCAAAUGGCUGGAAGAAUCGGAGUGCCACGAUAUUCAUGCAUGCCUGAAUGAUCCCAUAAUCAAGGCUUAUUACUAUUUUUUGGCUUGGAUGUUGCCAAAAUUUACAACAUUAAAUAGCUGUUUUCAGAGCGAAUCUAUUUUAAUUACGAAACUACAUGGGAAAAUGACAGCUUUUUAUAAAGAACUGUUACUAUUGGUUUUACACAGAAAUUAUGUAAAUUCCGCUCCUAUUGAAACUAUAGAUCCAAUGACAGAAAUAAAUCACAAGGACCUAAAAGACAUAUAUCUAGGUUUAGGUGUCCAGAAAGAACUAGAUUCUGUUGAAAAUGAAGAAAGAAAGUUAACUCUCAGAAAGAUGUGUAAAAAUUUUAUUAUUAGAGCUUGUGUGGGCCUUCGUAAACGAUACUGUUUUAAUGACAAAAUUAUGACAGAAAUAGCAAAAUUUGAUCUAGAGAAAGUAAUUUCUGAUGACAGGGAAGAGUCAGUUUCGUCGUUAUUUCCAUUACUGCCCAGAAUUGCCCCAACUUCAAUCCAACAUCAACAAGAACUAGAUGAUGAGUGGCGGAAGUUGCCGUUAUACUACAAAGAUUUGGAUUUAAGUCAACCCCCUGACGUAUUUUGGCACCAGAUUAUAUUUGUUAAGAUGAUGUCAAGAGGAAAAAAACUAGUAUCUUUAGUGGCCGUAAAUUGUGAAAAGGUUUCUGAAAAUGAACAAAGUUCACAUGCAGGCCUGGUAGAUAUUCAAGAAAUUCAAUCUACAUCUUAUAACAACGCGGAUGCUAUAGACUUUCAUCAUUCACAAAUUCAUGGCGAAGAUUCUGAUGAUAAUGUUGAAACAGAAUUGGAAAGUUUAUUUGGAGAUGUUUCCGAUGCUGACGACCCAACUUAUCGCCUGCCAAUUUUCUCUCACCAACUGGAAAACGAAAAUUCCAACAAUCUUGUAACAUUAGAAGAUUUACUAGGAAACAAAGAAAAUUUUAAUGCUGAAAAGUUUGAUGUCGAGCACAUACAGAACAAUAUUGAAGUUUUUGACCAAGGUUAUGAACAACAUCGCGAAAUUACAGCUAUAAUUGAAGAUAUUUUAGAUGAGGUUUUUAAAAAAGCUUGGUUGCUUAUUGAACCGUUAAAAAGAUGGCGAAAAUCAGACCCAAGCAGUUGGGUUCGUAAUGUAGUUAAGAAAAGACGAGCAGAUGGUUUGCCUUAUAAAUCCAAAGCUAACAUCAGACCAGCUAAGGUACCAAAAGAGAUAGAUUGCUCCAAGUGUCAAUUUAAAUGUACUGAUGUCUUUGAUACUACUGAUAGAGAUAAGUUUUGUAGAUUCUUUUGGAACUUAGAUUUUCUGGGCAGAAAGAAUUUUAUUUUAGCCAAUGUUACCAUUCAAAUGCCAAAAAGAGUUCUCUGUGCGUAA